ACAUUUGGAUAAUAAUAAUAUUUCAAGUGAUCAAUUUGUAGUUCCUAUUAAUGAAUCUGAUGAUUUCAAAAUGAAAUCUACAAAUGAUGAUAAACAACAACAACAACAAAGUGCUCAAGAAAAUGAUGAAAGAUCAUCAUAUAGUGAAUGUUUAAUUAAUAUGGAUGAACAAAAUCAAACUUCAUUAUUAAAUCGUGGAAGACAAACAUGGAAAACAUCACCCGAACAAGUUGAAGAAUUAACACGUUCAUUAUCACGUAUUCGUAAUGAUGAACAUGGUAAUCAUCGUGCAACAACAACAACAAAAACAUAUCAAAAAUCUAAAACAAAACAGGCGACAAAAAAAUCAAAUCCAAAAGAAUCGAAAUCAAAAGUAAAAGAUUCAAAAAGAAAUCAACAACAACAACAACAACAACCGCAAUUUAUGAUGCCAAUACGUGUUGUAUCGACAACACGUAUCGUGAAUUCAAUGACCGAAGAUGAUCCAACACCGACAACAACAAACAACAAUCCAACCGCAACAACAGGAUUUUUACCACCAAUUACCGGUUUUAGUGAUACAGAUUCAUCAUUUAGUAGUAAUGUUUGUUCAAGUGGUGAUGACUGUGAUAAAAUACAUUGUAUUUGUGAAACAUUGAAAAAAACACAUCUUCAAGAGCAUCAUCAUCAUCCGCAUCAUCAUGAUCCUCACCAUCAACAACCAUUAAUCGAUAAUGAUUAUGAUGAUUAUCAACAACAACAACAUCAACAACAAUAUCAUCAAUCCGAGAAUGGUAUAAAUUUUAUCAAUAUAGAUAAUACAAAUAAUAAUGCUGAUAAUUGGAUAGUCGUACGUCCAAAACGAUUACGGCCACAAGAUAAUCUACGAUUAGAAGGACAAAUGGAAUUAGAAACAACAUUUCGUUCAACAUAUGGACGACAAUCGGUUGGUAGCGAUAAAUCAAAACGUUCGAUUAAUAGUCAAAAUAGUCAACAACAACAACUGUAUUUUAAUACCAGACGUGGUCGUCAUCAUGUUGGUAGUCAACCAUUAUUACGUUCAGCAACAAAUAAACGUAAAAUAAUAAGAAAUCGACCAAAAACUUGUCUAAAAACUGGUGGACAUGGUUAUUGGUCAACAAAUUAUCAUGAUGCAUAUAAAAAUUUUACUAUUGUUGAUGGUCAGGCAAAAACUGUUUCGGAUUCAAAUAAUCGUAUUAAAUUGCCAAAAGUUAUAUCACGAACAACAAUGAUGAUGAAUGAAGAAAAAAAUCGUUGCAAAUAUGAUUUGGAUGAUAAUCAGGCUGCAACAACAAAACCGCUGCGUAUGGUUGAUGGUGAAGAGAUAAAAAAAUUUGAAAAAAAAUCCUAUGUACAAACAUCCGAUGGACAAGGUGAAAUGAUGGCUGAAAAACUUGUACGAAAAGUUCGUUGUGGUGGUGGUGGUGAUCGACCCUCAAAAUCAAAGAAAAAUGUUCAUCAUGAUGAUGAUAAUCAAGAUGAUAAAGCAAAUGAAGAAAGAAUUGAUGAUCAAAUCGAACGUGAAGAAGAUCCAUUAUUGCAACAAAAACAACCGAUAAUGAAAUAUCGUCCAUACGAUGCAUAUCAAGUUGAUCAUAUUAAAGAUCUUGGUUUAUUAGAAAUGAAAUCAAAUCAAGAUAAUGAUAAUCAAAUUCAUAAUGAUAUUAUUCGUCAAACAGAUGAUUCAAAUCAAAAUUAUCGAUCACAUGUUCGUCGAUUACAUGAAACAUCAGAUGAUUUUCAUAUAUUAACCGGUGGUCAUCGUAUAAAUGGUACGAUAGUACCAUUAAAUAAACCAACAAAAACCAAAAGUCAACCAUCAAAAACUGAUGAUCAACAUCCAAUGACAACAAUGGUUAUAAAUGGUCAUUCAGUAAUGGCAGGUACACGUAAACCAUUCAUAUUACCACAACGUAUUAAUCGACAUAAAAAUGAAAGUUCAAUACCAAUGUUUGAUGUUGGUGAUAAUUCGGAUUUAUCAUAUCGAAAAAAUCGUCAAGGAUCUGGACAAAGACGACAACACCAACAACAACAACCUGAACGUAAACGUACAGCUGGAUUACGAACACAACGAUCUGGACGACGACGAAAUCUAUUUCGACAAUCAAGUGAUUCAAUUUUUGUUCAACAACCCGAUUCCAGUUCAAAUUCAAAUAAACAAAAUGUUAUUGAACACCAACAACAACAACCAAAACAAAAUACUGAAAUUGAUAAAAAAACAACAUAUAAAAUGGAAUAUGGUGAUCGAAGUCUUUAUUGUCCAGCAUUGGAUGUUGUCAAUAAUUCUACUACUAAUGGUCAAAAUAUAAAUUAUCCAUAUAAAAAAACAAAUGAAAUUGGUGGCCAUAAAUAUUAUAAUACCGUAGACAAAUAA